GGGGGUCGCCGCGGCGGCGGCGGCGGCGGCUCCCGGGCGCCCCCUGGCGGCCCCGGCCCGCGCCCGCCGCGGCUCCCACAAUGCUCGCGUAGCCGCGGUUCCCUCGGCGGCGGCUCCAAGAUGGCGCAGGCGAUCUUCGAGGCCCUGGAGGGAAUGGACAACCAGACUGUCCUGGCCGUCCAGUCAUUGUUGGAUGGCCAAGGAGCAGUCCCUGACCCCACAGGCCAGAGCGUCAGUGCACCCCCCUCAAUCCAACCACUGGACGACGAGGAUGUCUUUCUCUGCGGGAAGUGUAAGAAGCAGUUCAACUCGCUGCCAGCGUUUAUGACCCACAAGCGGGAGCAAUGCCAGGGGAGUGCCCCACCACUGGCCACUGUCUCACUGGCCACCAACAGCAUCUACACGCCUUCUGUGGCCCCUGCAGCGCUCCAGCCGGCCCCUCCUCCUGCCAAUCGCCAGAUCUCCACGUACAUCACUGUGCCCCCAUCCCCGCUGAUUCAGACUCUGGUGCAGGGGAACAUCUUGGUGAGCGAUGACGUGCUCAUGUCUGCCAUGUCCGCCUUCACCUCGCUGGAUCAGCCCAUGCCCCAAGGCCCUCCACCUGUGCAGAGCAGCCUGAACAUGCAUCCUGCACCCAGCUACCUCACCCAGGCUCCGCCGGCCCCUCCACCUCCUCCGCCACUGCCCCCACCGCCCCCUCCUCAGCCCCCGCCCCCACCACCUCAGAGCCUGGGUCCCCCAGGGCGAACCAACCCUGGUGGGAAUGGCGUGGUGGAAGUGUACAGUGCCGCGGCACCCCUAGCUGGGAAUGCGACGGUGGAGAUCCAGGCGCUGGGAAUGCAGCCCUACCCACCUCUGGAGGUGCCAAACCAGUGUGUGGAGGCGCCGGUGUACCCCGCACCACCAGUGUACAGCCCCGGCAAACAGGGAUUCAAACCAAAAGGACCAAACCCUGCUGCCCCCAUGACCAGUGCUCCAGGCACCGCAGUGGCUGCCUUUGACUCCUCGCCAGUGCUGAAGACCCGGCGGGCCAAGGGGACCAAUGGACUUCAAGAAGCUGCAGGGAAGCCAAAGGCGCAGAAACUCAAGUGCUCAUACUGUGACAAGUCAUUCACCAAAAACUUCGACCUGCAGCAGCACAUCCGAAGCCACACUGGCGAGAAGCCCUUCCAGUGCAUCGCGUGCGGGCGCGCCUUUGCCCAGAAGUCCAACGUCAAGAAACAUAUGCAGACCCACAAAGUGUGGCCUCCGGGGCGCAGCGGGGGCACCGUCUCCCGGAACUCCGUCACCGUCCAGGUCAUGGCUCUGAACCCCAGCAGUCAGGAGGAGGAGGAAAGCACAGGGUUGGGCCAGAGCCUGUCCAGCGCCCCGCAACCCCAGGCCUUGCAGGCAGCGAGCGAGGAGGAGGGGGACGAGCUGGAGACCAAGCAGGUGGUCCUCAUCGAUAGCUCCUACCUGUGUCAGUUCUGCCCCAACAAGUUCAACACCUACUUCCAGCUCAAGUCCCACAUGACCCAGCAUAAGAAUGAGCAGGUGUACAAGUGUGUGGUCAAAAGCUGUGCCCAGACGUUCCCGAAACUGGACACAUUUCUGGAGCACAUCAAGAGCCACCAGGAGGAGCUGAGCUACCGCUGCCACCUCUGUGGCAAGGACUUCCCGUCGCUCUAUGACCUGGGCGUGCACCAGUAUUCUCACAGCCUCCUGCCACAGCACAGCCCCAAGAAGGACAGUGCCGUCUACAAGUGUGUCAAGUGCGUGAACAAAUACUCCACUCCUGAGGCCCUGGAGCACCACCUGCAGACAGCCACUCACAGCUUCCCCUGCCCGCACUGCCAGAAGGUGUUUCCUUGUGAACGCUACCUGCGGCGUCACCUGCCCACCCAUGGCAGCGGGGGCAGGUUCAAGUGCCAGGUGUGCAAGAAGUUCUUCCGGCGGGAGCACUACCUCAAGCUGCACGCACACAUUCACUCAGGUGAGAAACCCUACAAGUGCUCAGUGUGCGAGUCGGCGUUCAACCGCAAGGACAAACUGAAGAGACACAUGCUGAUCCACGAGCCGUUUAAGAAAUACAAAUGCCCCUUCUCGUCACACACAGGUUGCAGUAAGGAGUUCAACCGGCCGGACAAGCUGAAGGCGCAUAUCUUCUCGCACUCAGGCAUGAAGCUCCACAAGUGCGCCCUGUGCAGCAAGUCCUUCAGCCGCCGUGCCCACCUCGCCGAGCACCAGCGAGCCCACACGGGCAACUACAAGUUCCGCUGCGCUGGCUGUGCCAAGGGCUUCUCCCGCCACAAAUACCUCAAGGACCACCGCUGCCGCCUGGGCCCCCCGAAAGAUAAGGACCUGCAAGCCCGACGCCCCCCCCGCAGGAGGGCAGCCCCCCGCAGCGGCAGCAGUGGUGGACGCAAGGUGGGGACCCCCCUGCCUGACCCCUUGGGGCUCGAGGAGCUGAAGGAGCCAGGCCCGGGGCCCGAGGCCGCCCCCGGCAAGCCACCCUUCCCAGAGCCCGAGGCUGUGCUGUCCAUCGUGGUGGGGGGUCCCGUGGGGGGCGAGCCCGAGCUGGUGGUGCCCGGCCACACCGAGGGCCUGGGCUCCAACCUGGCACUGGCAGAGCUGCAGGCAGGGGCCGAGGGCCCCUGUGCCAUGCUCGCCGUGCCUGUCUACAUCCAGGCCUCCGAGUGAUGGGUCCGCAGUGUUCGCUCCUACGACCUGGCCCCAGGCUCGCCUCCGGGCUUGGGGCCCCUGGGGGAAGACUUGAGGGUCUUCCCCACCCUGUCCUGCUGGAAAGCCCCGCAGCUCGCUGGGCCCUGGGGUCGGGCGGCCUCUGGC